AACAGAACGGCUGUUUGCGUUUUAGAAUUCAAAGUUUUCAAUUCAGUUGACAUGUGCUCGGAAAGUUUCGAACGGACGAAGACGAACAGCUGAUAGAGUUGGUCCACGCGAACCCUCGCCUCUGGAACAUGUCUGAUCCGGAUUUCAAGAAGGAGAAGAUAUACAUCUGGGAGGACAUAGGUCGUGCUUUGACCUUCAGGCGGAGGACAGGGCAAGAGUGCAAAUCUCGCUGGAGAAGCAUCAGAGACUAUUAUAAGAAGCAGAAGAAAGAAGAGAAGAACGGAGCUGCACACGUACCAGCAAUAAAGAGAAGACAAGUCUAUUGGAACAGUCUGAGUUUCUUGGACGAUACAGAUGACCAGGACGAGUUGACAACAUACUCAGCUUUUCCAAAUGUACAAGUUGAAAUGUCCGAAGACACCGAAGGAUUUGACUUUGUUGACUGCCAGAAUCAUAUAAAUGGAAGUGAGUUAGAUGAGGUUUCAACAGCAAAUAUUCCAAGAAAAAGGCGAAAACUAAACGAGGAAGAUCAUACAAGUGUUGACGAACAAGAGCUACGUACCGAUCUUGCAAGAAGUAUAGGCAAAAACGAAUUUCUUAAGAAAUCGGAAGAAAUAGGAAACAAAUCUGGUACCCUUGAAUCCCAACUUAAAGAGGCUUUGCAAGAAAUGAAGGAACGACUGACUGAUCAAGAACCAGAAGUAAAAAGCAUCGUUUCGGAACAAGAUGGGCCCGAUGACGAAAUAGAGCUUUUCUUCAAAGCGAUGGCAGCGACAGUAAAAAAGUUUUCACCUAAGUUAAAGGUAGAAACAAAAUCAAAAAUAUUUACUGUCGUGACUGAACUAGAACUUAAGCAUUUAGAAUCAACUUCUCUCCUGCAGUCUACAAAUUGUAAGGGUGAUCAAUGAAAUCCCAACUGCAUCGCAGAUCUAGAGUGCCAUAGUUGCUAGUCAUUGUGGUACGUUAUUAAAAUAUCAACACGACAAGUAGACUGAACUCCAAAGAACAAAGUGUUACCCUUUUUUGUUACUAACUUUAACAAUAAAUAUGCAUUACACUA